AUGAGCGGCAGCGGCGGCUUCUACAAAUAUCACUGCAAGAACUUCCUGACCUACAACUGCCAAAAUUGGGUCUUUGUCAACAACGCCCCCUGUGCAGACUGCUGUGCUGCCGGGCGAGACGACCGAUGUAGCGUGGCUGGUACGAGUGCCCUGUCCGAGAUGGAGAUCGGCGUGCCCAUCUUCCAGAACGGCAUCCUCCGCUAUGCCCUGGUCGAGAUGAUCCACCAGAAGUCGUUGCCUUACCAGCUGCCGGCCCACAUGCAGCUACCGCCCAAUACGGCCUAG